CAUCUCACUGACAAAUGUCAAACGCCGGGCCAACACGAAGCUAACCAAAGGAAUUGCACUUAGAUGACGUGUUGGUUUACGUUUUGUGCUUUUAUUGAACAUUUAGUCUUGUUAGGGUAUUAAGCAGUAGUAAGCGCGAUGGUAAACAUACAGACACAUAUGGACUUUGACGGCCAACACAGAGCCGAGAAGCUUUCUCGAUUCAUCAUCACGCUAUUCGGUAUCGUUGGACUCAUAUGGGGAGCGAUCAUUCAACAGUUCUCGCAGACUGUUUACAUCUUAGGAGCAGGAUUCCUUCUCGCUGCACUGGUGACAGUCCCGCCAUGGCCCAUCUACCGGCAAAAGCCAUUGAACUGGCAGAAAGCACGUCCUGAGACUACGACCGGUGCCAGCGAAGACAAGAAGAAAAAGAAGUAAAUCUGAGUGCAUAGAGACAUUCCUCCCAAUUCGUUUAAGAAAUUGAUCACAAGUCCACCUUUUUUCGCAAUGUGAAAGUAUUUUAUGAAGGAAAUUCACGAAGGCAAAAAAAAUAAAUAAAUGAGUGAGUUUA